GGAGGUUGCUUUUGCCCCCACCCUCCUUCCUUUCUUCCCUCCCUCCCUCCCCCGCUCCCACCUCCUUUUUGGUGCUGGUUUGCAGCGCUUGCCUCCAGCGCCUUCGCUUCGCGGUUGAAUCUGGCUCGCCCCUCCGUAUUAUGUCUGCACUCCGAAGGAAAUUUGGGGACGAUUACCAGGUAGUGACCACCUCGUCCAGCAGCUCUGGCUUGCAGCCCCAGGGCCCGGGUCAGGGCCAGCAGCAGCAGCUGGUACCCAAGAAGAAGCGGCAGCGGUUCGUGGACAAGAACGGUCGGUGCAAUGUCCAGCACGGAAACCUGGGCAGCGAGACCAGCCGUUAUCUCUCGGACCUCUUCACCACGCUGGUGGACCUCAAGUGGCGCUGGAACCUCUUCAUCUUCAUCCUCACCUACACGGUGGCCUGGCUCUUCAUGGCGUCCAUGUGGUGGGUGAUCGCUUAUACCCGAGGCGACCUGAACAAAGCCCACGUCGGCAACUACACGCCCUGCGUGGCCAAUGUCUACAACUUCCCCUCUGCCUUCCUCUUCUUCAUCGAGACGGAGGCCACCAUCGGCUAUGGCUACCGGUAUAUCACCGACAAGUGCCCCGAGGGCAUCAUCCUCUUCCUCUUUCAGUCCAUACUGGGCUCCAUCGUGGACGCCUUCCUCAUUGGCUGCAUGUUCAUCAAGAUGUCCCAGCCCAAGAAGCGCGCGGAGACCCUCAUGUUCAGCGAGCACGCAGUGAUCUCCAUGAGGGACGGGAAACUCACGCUCAUGUUCCGAGUGGGCAACCUGCGAAACAGCCACAUGGUCUCGGCGCAGAUCCGCUGUAAACUGCUCAAAUCUCGGCAGACACCUGAGGGUGAGUUCCUUCCCCUUGACCAACUUGAACUGGAUGUAGGUUUUAGUACAGGGGCAGAUCAACUUUUUCUUGUGUCCCCCCUCACAAUUUGCCACGUGAUCGAUGCCAAAAGCCCCUUUUAUGACCUAUCUCAGCGAAGCAUGCAAACUGAACAAUUCGAGAUUGUCGUCAUUCUAGAAGGCAUUGUGGAAACUACUGGGAUGACUUGUCAAGCUCGAACAUCAUAUACAGAAGAUGAAGUUCUGUGGGGGCAUCGGUUUUUCCCUGUUAUUUCUUUAGAAGAGGGAUUCUUUAAAGUUGAUUACUCGCAGUUUCAUGCAACAUUUGAAGUCCCCACACCCCCCUACAGUGUGAAAGAGCAGGAGGAAAUGCUCCUCAUGUCAUCCCCUUUAAUAGCACCAGCCAUAACUAACAGCAAAGAGAGACAUAAUUCCGUGGACUGCUUAGAUGGACUUGAAGACAUUAGCACAAAACUACCCUCAAAGUUGCAGAAAAUUACUGGAAGAGAAGACUUUCCCAAAAAACUUUUGAGGAUGAGUUCAACAACUUCAGAAAAAGCCUACAGCUUGGGAGACUUGCCCAUGAAACUUCAACGAAUAAGUUCAGUUCCUGGCAACUCAGAAGAAAAACUCGUUUCUAAAACAACCAAGAUGUUAUCUGAUCCCAUGAGCCAAUCUGUGGCUGAUUUGCCACCAAAACUACAAAAGAUGGCUGGAGGAGUAGCCAGGAUGGAAGGAAAUCUUCCAGCCAAAUUGCGAAAAAUGAACUCUGAUCGAUUUACAUAACAAAACAUCCCUUUAGGCAUUAUUUACUGUUUGAUUUAGAGAUACUCAGAUUAUUUGGCUAAGGUUAUUCUCCAAAAGGAACCUGAGAGAUACAUUUCUCCCUAAAUCCAAUAAGCAUAUUUGACAGCUCUUCAUUCCCAAAUAUUGCUACUGUGCAGAAAGCAAAAGUUACAGGGGGAGGACAUCCCAAGGAAGUUAUUAAUGGGCAUGUAUUAUCACAUCAAGCAUGCAAUAAUGUGCAAAUUUUGCAUUUAGUUUUAUGGCAUGAUUUAUAUAUGGCAUAUUUAUAUUGUAUAUUCUGGAAAAAUAUAAAUAUAUAUAUAUAUAUAUUUAAAGGGGAGGUACUAUCCCCAUCAUUUCUAAUAUAUGUAUUAAGCCAAACUUGAGUGAAUAGCUUUCAGGGCAGUAAACCUACACACACACACACACACACACACACACACACACAAACACACACACAAUAUACAUACAUAUAUCUGGUUAAAAUUGUGAUGUUUUGUUCAAAGUUGUAAUUAUUGUGCAUGUUUACUUUAUUAGACUAGGAAGGCUACUGUCAUUGAUUAUUAAUACCAAAUAUUUUAGCCUUAAAUUAUUUGUCAUUUUAAAAUCUGAUUUGAUGUUUUCUGCUGUUUAAAGUUAUGGGAGAUUUUCAAUUGUAUCUUAUCAUGAAAGAGUCACCGAAGUUUGUGUAUUACAGCCCUGCAAAAGUAUAACCAUUAUAUAUUUAAUUUGUAAAUUAUAGAACAUACCAAUACAUGGUAUAUCAUUAAAUUUUUUCUUUUUAUAUUUUUGAAAGUUGCUAGGUGGGGGGAGGGAUAUAUAAUAUUGAUUAAUUUGUUAAUUAGUCCUUUCUAAAUAAGGCUUGGAAACUACCUUUGUAUGCAGUUGAAUACUAAUAUGAACUCCAGACAAAUGUUGCAUAUUGUUAUGGGAGCCAGGUUAUAUUUGGAAAUAUCAGACUCUUUGUGCUACUACACAGUAAAUGGUCCCUGUUUCAAGCUGAAUCAAUUGGAUGUAUUUUCACUCUUUCUCUGGAAACUUUGUCCUUUAAAAAUAUUAAUUUGUCUUGAAGGAAACAUGGUGAUGCAGCGUAGCAAGUGAUAAAUAGUUAUGCUAAAGUAUGUCUAAUUGGGUCUCUUUUUCAAAGUUCUUCUGUUUAUAGCAUUUAUUGAAAAAGGAUAAAAUUCGUCAUCACCCAAGAAACUUUUCCAAGGCCUGUCACUUAUAAAUCAGUAGAAAUCUUUGGCCAGAUCAGAAAGAAAUUAAAUUAUAUUUCAAAUGAAGAUGUUUUGCACACCAGGAUUUUGUGUUUCUAUAUGUAUGUGUGUGUGUGCUCACUGGUUUUCUUGGUGUCUUGGGUCCCUGGCCUCUAAUAAUUUUAAUGAUAUUAUUUUUCUAACUCCAGAUUUCUGAUAUUAUCAUUACUAAGCCUUGUUUAUGAGAAAUCAAUCUGUUCAGCAGUACAACACCUUCACAAUAAAAUGUGAUAUAGGUUUCUUAAUGAAAAUUUAUCAUAAUAUAAUCAAUUUUCCUUUAACACUUCUUUGAGCAUUUCAAUCUAAGUCUGAAAAGAAUUAAUCCGCUUCACAGGAAGAUCACUGAUGCCUGUUUUGUUCACCUCAUUUCUUUUAUUUUAACAAGACUGUCAUGAUUUUAUUAUUGGCAAACUACUGUAUUAAAAACUUUGAAAAUAAUACCUUCCGGCUACCUCUGUAUUAACCAAAUUCUGUAGGUGCAAACAUAUACCAGGGAAUUGUUACUGGCAAAAUAAUCAACAUUGAGAACCUGUGAAUAGAGUGGUGAAUUCACAGCACUGUGAAUAGAGUAGUUGCCCUAUCCCUUGACCACCAAACUUUCUUAGUUGUUGAAUAUAGGAAAUGAAAUAGUAGCAGGCAGAGAAAAGGGACCAGGGGGCAUAGAGCAUUUCUCAGCAGUGGAAGAAACUACAUAGAUCAAUUAAUCCAAAAACCUUAAAAUAAACAGAGCCAUAAUUUACUUUAGAGAGUCUUUUUACUUUGUUUUUGGUAUCAAGGAGGAAAACCAAAAACAGACUCUCUGAAUGUAUACAUUAAUUCAAAAAAUCUUUUUUCGUGAUUUUUGUCCUAGGCAUUUUUUUCGUUCCUAGGAAUUUGGACAUAACUAAGAAAAAAAUUCCCUGAAAAUCAUGAAUAUUGGUACCAAUAGGAGAGGAAGAAGAAUAGACAAAACAAAUGGGACAAUUUCUAAUGGCCAUAAUGACAGUUGGAAAAAAUAAAGAACAUGUAAAAAAAUUGAGAAUGACCCUAUGGAGUAGUAAUCAAUUAUUUUAGAGAAGGUGACUAACUUAGGGAGGUGGAUAAUAUUUAGACAGUUACCUGAAUAAUGAGAAAGAGCUAUUCUUGCCAAAAUCAAUUAAUCAAAGUGAAAGGUAUUCUUUUAUCUUUUCCACCUAUGUGUGGGAAAGGUGGGGUUUCUGCAUGUGAUUGCGGUUUAUCCCCUAUUUCUAGACUGACCAUAAGACUUGGUCUAACCAGGAAGAUUCCAGUUUAUAUCUGUUGUACGUGUGUAAUUAUUGGAAGCACUAAUUUUUCUCUCUAUAAUGUUCUGAUUUGGAUGACAUGUGGUAAAGUUUUUGUUGAAACUAUACUAUGAAGUCUGAUAUAUUUGGAUAAAAAUAAAGAAUUGCUUUUAUU